UAUUGCAUAGAACAUCAGGUUCAAAAACGUCUGACAGAUGAACCCUAUACGAUUAUAUUGAUUCGCAGAAGCGUCGAAGCUUUUCGUGUGUGAUGAUAGAUCGUCGAAGUAUUCAAUGCCUCCUUGCAGUGUGAUCCAGCUCGUUAUCGUCGCUUUACUAUUCCGCCCAUUAUUAGUAUUCAGUGUAACCUCCGAUCCCGAAUUCCAGUAUUCUCCAAAAAUGGCCCAAACCGUCGAUGCCCAGUUUGUUCGCAAAACCAAUGACUUUGCGUUGGAUUUGUACAAGCAAAUAAUCGCCAACGAAAAGAAAAAUGUCGUCAUUUCACCAUUUUCGAUCAGCACCUGUUUGUCGCUGGCCGCUAUGGGAGCAGGAGGCCUAACAGCGGAGGAAAUGUUCAGAGGGUUGAAGUACGACCCAGCUCAAAAAUCGUCGAUUGCGGAGAGCUAUGGCAACAUCAUGAAAAAUCUAGAUGGCAAUAAAAGCCUUAAAAUUGCCAACAAAAUGUACAUCAUGCAGAAGUAUUCAGUGAAGUCUAACUUCCAUGAAAUCGCACAGAAAGGUUUCCGUUCGGAGGCUGAGUCCGUAAACUUCCAGGACAACACAGCGACAGCCAAAAAAAUCAACACCUGGGUUGAACAGAAGACAAACGAUAAAAUCAAGGAUCUGAUUUCGCCUGAUUCGCUGGACGAUAUGACGCGUUUGGUAUUAGUCAAUGCAAUCCACUUCAAGGGUACAUGGACGCAUCAGUUCAACCCAGAGAGCACCCGACCGAUGCCUUUCUGGAUCAGCGAAACCGAAUCCGUAGAUGUUCCCAUGAUGAACACCAAGAAACAUUUCAAGCAUGGUGUUUUCGACGAUCUUGGCCUUGCAGCACUAGAACUGACCUACAGCGAUAGCGACGUCAGUAUGCUAAUCCUUCUUCCGCACGAACGCACGGGUCUGUCUAAGCUGGAGGAAAACCUGCACAACAUCGAUAUUCCUGAUAUGCUCACCAAGAUGCAUAGCCAGGAAGUGGAAGUAUUCUUACCCAAGUUCAAAAUUGAAUUCGAUUUGGAUCUCAAGGAAACACUGGAAAAGCUUGGAAUGGGCACCAUGUUCAGUGACAGCGCAGACUUCAGUGAACUGCUGGAGCAGAAUGAUCCACUGAAGGUUUCCAAGGUUGUGCACAAAGCGUUCAUCGAAGUCAAUGAAGAAGGCGCGGAGGCUGCUGCAGCUACGGGUAUGAUUAUGAUGAUGAGAUGCAUGAUAAUUCAUCCGUACUUCACCGUCGACCAUCCCUUCCUGUAUAUCCUGAAGCAAAAUGAACAGAUGUUUUUCAUCGGGCGGAUGAAUCAAAUCUAAACAAGCUGUUCAAGUGCCUAGUUGUAGCGUUGGGAUUCAAAAUUUCGCACAAAUGCACUGUGUGUAGCCUGAUUAAGAUUCGCAAUAAAACUGAGAUUGUAUACUAAAUGUUGUACUUUGUUGAGAAAAUAACAAUAAAUUUUAAAUGCAAAAAUCGAA